UUUCGGUUCUUUGUAACUACUAAGGUAUGUUUUUUGUUUUUUAUUUAUUACAUGUAAUUUCCGUUCCCUACUAACUUUAUUUCUUCUUUUAAUUUUAUGGGUUUGGUUUUUACUUGGUCCCCCUGUUUAUCUCAUUUUCGUCCCUUCUCCAUUUUUUUGGUUUCUUUUUGUCUCUUCAUUUCUUUUGUUCUUUUUAUUCUUCCCUUCCUUCAUUUUUCCAUUGUUUUUUAUUUCCUCUUCGUUCCUUUCGUCUUUUUCAUUCCUUUACACUACCCUUCGUUCCUUUCAUUUUUAUUCCAUUCCUACUUCAUCUUUUUCGUUCCUUUACACUAUCUUUGUUCUUUUCAUUUUUUUUCAUUCCCGUUUCUUUACACUACCCUUUGUUCCUUUUAUUUUUUAUUCUCCUUUGCUCUAUUUCGUCCCCUCCAUUCUUUUCAUUUUUUUUCAUUAGUUCCCACUUGAUCUUUUUCGUUCCUUUUGUUUCUUUCACUCCCCCUUUCCCUUUUACUCUCCCUAUUUUUUCAUUCACCCUCAUUUUUUUGAUUAAUUUUUUAGAAGUAUUUUCGAAAAAACUUUUAAUAAUAUGAAAAUACUACAAAUAUUUUAUUAAUUAAUUAUAAAUUUUAUAAUUAUUUCUUAUUUUAUAUUAACGUCAAUCUUAAACUUAU